CCUGCUCUCCGCCUUCCCUUACCUUUGCAAAACAAUAAGUCGAGAGCCCACUAUUCCUUCUUCUUCUACUUGUUGCUGCACGAUGGCUAAGAAGAGCAGUUUUGCAGUGACCAUUUUUGGGGUAAUGCUGCUGUUAGUGCAAAAUGUUUGCGGCGUUGAGUAUCAAGUGGGAGGAUCAAAGGGCAUUUGGGGCGUUCCUUCUGACCCCAAUGCUCAGAGUUUGAACCAAUGGGCUGAAUCUCGUAGAUUCCAAAUUGGUGAUUCCAUAGUGUUCAACUACCAAAGUGGGCAAGACUCGGUGCUGUUAGUGAACCAAGAUGACUACAAUAACUGUCAUACAGAAUCGCCCAUAAAGCACUUUUCAGAUGGCCACACCAUCAUCAAGUUUGAAAAAUCUGGCCCUCACUACUUCAUAAGUGGUAUCAAAGACAAUUGCCUCAAGAAUGAGAAACUGGUGGUGGUUGUAUUGGCUGAUAGAACCAAGCAAUACUCUUCUCCGCCACCAGCUCCGGUCGAGGAACCACAAUCUCCUCCGCCCGAAGCUCCAGCCCAGAUGAACCCAACCCCGUCGCCAACCGCCGAGGGGCCUCCUUCCAAUGCAGCAUCAUCUUCUACAUCAAUCAUCAGCUUCUUUUUGGGCUUAAUUGGAAUGGUUGCAACUUCCAUGAUUCUUUUGUAAUUACAUAAUAAUUUAGGGUUUGUAUAAUGGGUUUGCAUUAUUUUUUCAUUUUAACAUGGUUUGUGGUCAUGUUGUGUGGUGGAUUGUUUGAUUCUUUUGAGAGUGAAUAAUUGGUGUCUUGUUUGUGUGUAAUUACCCAAAUAAAUGGAUUUUCUAAGUUAAAUGUUCAUUUUUU